AUGGCCUCAAGCAGUUAUGGCGGUGUCUACGAUCCGGAGGAUCAGAGCGUUAAGCAGUUCGACUUUACCGAGCAAUCAAUCCGGAGAGGAUUCAUGCGCAAAGUGUACUCCAUUUUAACGACCCAGCUCAGCGUCACUCUUGGCUUCAUAGUGCUGUUCAUGUAUCACGGUCCUACCAAGCAGUGGGUUCAGCAGCAUCCGGAAACGUUUUGGAUUGCAUUGGGCGUGAUGUUCGUCACCCUCAUAACCAUGGCAUGUUGCGGAAGCGUACGCCGAAAGGCUCCAGCAAACUUUAUAUUUUUAGCCCUUUUCACCGUUGCCGAAUCGUUUCUUCUUGGCGUUACCACCGCUCUAUUUAGAUCGGAAGAGGUACUGCUAGCCGUUGGUAUCACCGCUGCCGUCUGCUUGGCACUGACCUUGUUUGCGUUCCAAACCAAGUGGGACUUUACCGUCAUGGGUGGCAUCUUGUUUGUGGCCGUCAUUAUUUUGCUCGUGUUUGGACUCAUCGCGGUGUUUUUUCCGGGCAAAACCAUAACUCUCAUUUAUGCCAGUCUGGGAGUCCUGCUGUUCAGCAUUUACCUGGUUUAUGAUACUCAACUCAUGAUGGGCGGCCAGCAUAAGUACAGUAUUAGUCCGGAGGAGUACGUUUUCGCCGCUCUGAACCUCUACUUGGAUAUUAUCAAUCUGUUUCUGUUCAUUCUUACCCUUAUCGGCGGUUCUCGCGACUAG